CUUCUUUCUUUUCUUAGUUUUUAGACAAAAUAUAUUUUAAUAGUUCCUUGAAUACACUCGCCUACAAGAGCAAUUGCCAGACUACAAUGUGUGGCAAUGGGAAGCUGUGUGAUGACGUGUGCAUGUUCAAUGCUCUCAAGGAUCUCAGAGUGGAGGUUGAGCUUGGAUUUGAUGAGCAAGUGUGCAUGCUGUGAUGCACCAUUGAGCUUAUGUAUGUUAAUGAGAGAAUUCAAUAAGUAUAUUAAAUUUAUAUUCCGUAAAAACUAAGAGAAGA